CGUUGUUUGCCAUUAAUGGGUGGCUAUUUAACCAAUAGUGGAGUUGUGGAUUUAAAAAGGUUACAAUUUAUGGUUAUAGAACUUGGUAAACAAGAAGAUGAUAUUUUUCUUCGACGGUAUCGAAAUGAACAAAGACGAGCUCCGCAACCUCUUCCUGCUCCAAAACGUCGAAAGGUCAAGGCAAAUAAAGUUAUAGACGUUUAUCACUUGCCUCAUUUGCCAAUAGGGAUGCCUCUACUCCCAGUAAAAGGAUUUGACUCGCACCUUCGUGCAAAGUCAAAUCAAGAGGUAGUUGCUAAUAGACAAGAAUUACGUAUAGCUAAUAUAAAUGCCGCUCAAUUAUUGAAAGCAGAGUUAUGCACUACUUCAACAGCAAAUAUUAAUAUAACAAUUAAUAACUCAAAUUCAUCACUUCAAAUGGAUUAUGAAAAUUCUGAAAUUUCAGUUAAACAAGAUACCGUUGCCAGUAGCGAUGAGACUUUAUCGACAUCACUUACGUUGCCAUCAAAAAGAAAAAAAGAUGAGAUUUAUGAUGACAUUAUAACGACGAUUGAAGGAGAUGUUAAAGACGAUGACGAUAAUUUACCAAGCACGUCAAAAGAUGAAGAUGAAGAUCAUGUAGAUUCAAUUAG